UUAUAAAUUUAAUAUAAAAUUAUAGACAAAGUUGUGGGUAGUUCCUUCUACUUGCGCGCCAUCUUGUAUGUCUCAGGAAUUAACUCAUGAAAGUACAGUAACGAUCUAGUUAUGAAAACAGAAACUAAAAGAAAACAAAAUAUCGAUUCCUCCAAUGAGGCAUUGACAAAGCAAGCUAUUCUAACAGUUGCAAUCGUUUUUGUUACCUCAUUAAUGGCACUAUUUUAUGUAUACACUAGUUUUCCACAACUCGCCGAAGAUGAACGACAACACAUGAAAUUACCAUUGCACAUUGAAGAUGCAAAAGGCCUGGGUAAUCUCCUGAGCAGAUACAAAGAUCUAUACUAUUUCCAAGUACUAACAGGAUUGUUCAUCACAUAUAUUUUUCUACAAACUUUUGCUAUUCCAGGUUCUAUUUUCCUCUCAAUUCUUUCUGGUUUUCUUUUCCCAUUCCCUUUGGCUUUGUUGUUAGUUUGCACCUGCAGCGCAGUAGGAGCAUCGCUUUGCUAUCUUCUGUCGUCGAUUUUAGGAAGGAGAUUACUUUUUAAAUAUUUCCCGGACAAAGCUCGAGAGUGGACGCUAACAGUGAGAAAGCACAAACACCAUCUUUUUAAUUACAUGCUAUUCCUUCGAAUGACACCGCUGCUUCCGAAUUGGUUUAUAAAUUUAGCUAGUCCUGUAAUCGGUGUGCCACUUGCACCGUUUACAAUGGGCACGUUUUUUGGUGUUGCUCCACCAUCUUUUGUCGCUAUACAAGCAGGACAAACGUUACAAAACUUAACUUCAUCUAGUGAUGCAUGGUCUUGGAAUAGCAUCUUGAUAUUGUGCGUAUUUGCAGUACUUUCAUUAGUACCUGUUUUAUUUAAACAGAAACUACAAGAAAAGUUUGAUUAAAAAUUUAGGAAAUAAAUUAAAGAAAUUUUAUUUAUUUAGAAUAUAAUAUGGUUAUUUAUUUUAAAUAUUCGUUACAUUAAAUGCAAUGUAACAAAGCGAUAAAAUGAUUCAUUCUUAGUUUAAUUAACAUUCCUCAGUUAGCAUUAUGCCUUUUUUAAAUAAAAUUUAAUUGCUAAAUCUUAAAUCUGUCAAAAUUAGCACAAAUUAAUUAAAACUACAGUUAUGUAUUUCACUAAUGUAUUUGUAUUUUCUUUUCUAUACACAAAAUGUGCACAAAAUUGUUUGCAAUGAAAAUAACUGUAUUGCUGUAGAAACAUGUUAUAGUAUAAUUAUGUAUAA